AUGUCCUCCGGAGCAACCGACUCAAAAGUCCAAGAACUCCAACAAAAACCACGCUCAGAACUCACGUACGCCUAUCUACCCCGAGACUCCCAUUCCAAAACCACAUCCCCAAACUAACCUCCUUCUCUCACUUAAUAAUAGCGAAUACGAAAUCUCCCUCCUCGAAGCGCACGAAUUCGCCUCAGGCCCCCUCUCCCUCCUCCAGACCGCCGUCCGCCAACACACCCAGGUCCUCAUUUCCUGCCGCAACAACCGCAAAAUGCUCUGCCGCGUCAAGGCCUUCGACCGCCACUGCAACAUGGUGCUGGAGAAUGUGAAGGAAAUGUGGACCGAGGUGCCGCGCACGAGCGAUGGGAAGAAGGGCCGACCGGUGAACAAGGAUCGCUUCAUUAGCAAGAUGUUUUUGAGGGGGGAUUCGGUGAUCUUGGUGCUGUUGAGUUGA